AUGGGCUCUCCUAAAGCUUCCCAUCUACGCCUCGGCGAUGGCGUUUAUGUUCCUACCCUUGCCUUCUUCACACCGGAAGACGAAGUCGAUGUUCCCGCUCUUGAGAAACAUGUCAUCAAGUUGCUUGAGUCAGGAGUAGCUGGCAUUGUCGUUCACGGUUCCAAUGGCGAAUGCGCCCAUCUCUCUCCAUCAGAACGUACGACUAUUAUUCGUGUUGCUAGAGAUACCAUCAUCCAAGAAGCCAGCGGUACUCGAGUUCCACUCAUCGCUGGUUGUGGCGCUCAGAGCACAAGAGAAACGACAGAGCUGUGCGAAGAUGCUGGCAAGGCCGGUGCCACUCAUGCUCUUGUGCUACCUCCAAGCUACUACGGCGGUCUUCUUCCCGACGAUCUGGUUGUUCAGCAUUACUACGCCGUUGCGGACAAGAGUCCUAUUCCUCUUUUGGUGUACAACUUUCCUGGUGCCGCAGCUGGUCGCGAUCUCUCAUCGGAUACGAUUCUUAGCAUCGCCAAGCAUCCCAAUGUCGUGGGUGUCAAGUUGACGUGUGGAAACACAGGCAAGCUUGCUCGUAUCGUGGCCGACUGUCCCGAGGGUUUCUUCGUUGGUGGCGGCAGUGCCGACUUUAUCCUGCAGGGUCACGCGGUGGGCGCCAACGGAACCAUCUCCGGUCUCGCCAACCUCUGUCCACGAGCAUGCGUUCGCAUCACAGAGCUCGCCGAUGAAGGAAACUGGAAGGAAGCACGACAACUACAAGCCAAGGUAGCCAAGGCUGACUGGACGGCGAUCAAGACUGGCUUUGUUGGUGUCAAGGCAGCUUUGGGUCACUUUGCAGGUUACGGAGGUGAGCCUCGCCGACCAUGCGUUGCGCCCUCUCAAAAGGAUCUGGAUAAUAUUACGCAAGGAUUCCAAGAGAUAAUGGAACUGGAGACAACGCUAUGA